UGUAACGUAUUUUCCCAAACAACUCCGCUGAGUCUCACAAACUAUUUAUAUUUCACCAUUUUCUGUAGCAAUGGAUACCCUCUUUUCUGUCGGCCCGCCAAAAUUUCCCCUGCAGAGCCCUUGUUUCUGUGUUCGGAGAUGGUAGGAUUCGUCUCCGGAGACCUCAACCAAGGUUCAAAACUCAAGGACUCCGACGACCCGCUUGAUCCAUAUGAAAAAAUCGACGAUUGUGGUUUAAAUUUCGCGGAUUCUUUUCUCGAUUUUGAAAAUAUAGACAAGUGGAUUGAAGAAAUGUCAGAGCCGGAUGGGGUAGGUUCAGAGAAGGUUCAACUUGCGGGCGCUGAGAAGUGCACUGAGAUGGCGGAAGAAGGGUCUUGUAAAGAAACUACUUUUGGGGGUCCAAUUGCUGAUGGGUCUAAGGCAAGUGUUAAUAGUUCGGAGCAAAUUCUUGAUGGGUCUGAUGGUUGCGCGAAGAAGUUAGGAGGGGAGUCUAUGAAAUUUGGGAAUUUGGGGUCUUUGAUUGAGGAAGAGAUGGGGAAGGUUAGUUUGGUCGGGUUGGAGAAGGAUUCCGUUCGUGUUGGUGGAGACGGUAUGGAAAGUGGUCAUUUAGUAAAUAAUUCGGAUACUCUGAAGACUGAUGAUUUAGUCAGGGAUGGUGACGAGAGUGAAAGUAGUUCGGAGUCUGAGGGUUCAACUUCUUCUUCAUCAUCAUCAUCUUCAUCAAGAAGUGGAGAUGAUGAUGAUGAUCCCGCGGAGGAGGAGGAGGAGGAAAAGGAGGAAAAGAAGAAGGGAGGUGAGGAAGAGAAGGAGGUGAUGGGUGUGGAAGGAGAAGUAGAAGAAGGGGAGAUAAGGGAUGACUACGGCCAUGAUGAUGAUGAUGAUGAUGAUGAUGAAGAAGAUGAUGAUGAUGAUGAUGUGGAGGAGGAGGAGGAGGAGGAGGAAGAGAUGAUUGCUGGAAGUGAUUAUGAUGGGGAAGAUGACAGCUGCGGGAAUGUUAAGGGAGGAGCAAUUAAAUCCAAGAAUGAGAUUGAGGCUCUCCCUCCAGUUCCUCCAUUGGAUGUAACCUUGCAACCACAUCACCAGACCCUGCCUGUGGGAGUUGUUUCAUCGAUCAUUGGUGCCAAAGUCGUUGUAGAAGGGGCAGAGAAGCACAAACCUCUUACUGAGGGUUCUAUUCUCUGGAUAACAGAAAGCAGGUCCCCAUUGGGGCUGGUUGAUGAAAUCUUUGGUCCUGUCAAGAACCCUUACUAUGUGGUUAGAUAUAACUCUGAUAGUGAGGUCCCUGCUGGGAUUAAUGAAGGCACUUUCAUCUCAUUUGUUCCAGAGUUUGCCCAUCAUAUUCUCAAUGAGAGGAAUCUUUAUAAGAAGGGAUAUGAUGCAUCUGGAGAGAAUGAUGAAGAGGUGUCAGAUGUGGAAUUUUCCGAUGAUGAGGAAGAGGCUGAGCACAAGAGAACGCUGAAGAUGAUAAAAAGGGGAACAAAUGACCAGAAGCCUGGAAACAAGAAGAACAAAAGAAAGAAGGUUAAAAAUAGGGAUGGGGCCUGGAAAAAUGGUCAACAUUCAACGGCUGCGGAUCAGUUUUUUGAUGAUAAACAUUCAACAACUCCUGAUCAAGACCAACAUCAUACACCACAGGUGGCAGCAUCAAGCCCUUUUGGUGGGGGGCAGUUCUUCGCUGGUGGAGGACUUGUUCCACCAUAUCCGCAGAUGGCACAGGUUGCUGGUUUUAUCCCACCUCCAAGUGGAAUCUGGGCAAGUGGAAUAAUGCCUUGUCAGCAGCAACAAAGCACAGUCUUUCCUAAUAGCUUUCCCGCAGACACACUGCCAUGGCCCCCACAGAACCAUCACCCGCAUCCCUUCCAAAUGCCAAUGCCGAAUGGAAUGCUGUUUCAGCAGCAAUUUGAUCCUGGUCAUGCAGCAUUUCCUAAUGCCAUCUUAUCUUCUGGGCAGGCAAAUUUCUUCAUGAGGCCCACAUAUCCACCUUGGCCUGGGUUGGGAGCUCAAAGUGGCCUCAAUCAAGCAGCAUUUGGGAUGGGUUUGCAGGGCCAACAUGCACGCCCCAUCAUAAAUGCAGGAGAGCAAGGAGCUUUGUCCGGCGGAUUGCCUAUGGGACAGAGUUGUGAUGUGCAACCACCUGCUGUUACUCAGGGUAAAAUCCAAGCUUCCCAGCAAUUUAAUCAGCGAGCAUCCUUUGGUCGCGGGAAGAAACCAUUUCACAGAGGGGGUGGUCGCUUUGCAGGUGGAAGAGGAGGAAGAGGAGGACGAGGCCAACAGCAAUCCAAGUGAAGUUUACCAUGUGUCAUCUAUCAAAAAAAAAAAGAAAAAUCCAAGGGAAGUUUACCAUGUGUUCUAUAAGUCCCUUACAGUAGCAGGUCUUACAAUGUUUCUCACGCAGCUUCGCUGUGUUCUUAUGAUGAAAACCUUUGCAACCUGAAAAAGUAGAAAUGGUAAAAGCGUAGUAGUUCCCCUUUUAACUUUCCUACGUUGUCUCAAGGUUAAUAUUAAGUAUAUUGGAAAACGAGAGCUUUACGAUUUUGUGGUUAUUCACUUUAUGAAUUGGAUGU